AUGGUACUGGCCAAGCCCACUCCAGUAAUGGUACUGGCCAAGCCCACUCCAGUAAUGGUACUGGCCAAGCCCACUCCAGUAAUAGUACUGCCCAAGCCCACUCCAGUAAUGGUACUGGCCAAGCCCACUCCAGUAAUGGUACUGGCCAAGCCCACUCCAGUAAUGGUACUGGUCAAGUCUACUCCAGUAAUGGUACUGGCCAAGCCCACUCCAGUAAUGGUACUGCCCAAGCCCACUCCAGUAAUGGUACUGCCCAAGCCCACUCCAGUAAUGGUACUGGCCAAGCCCACUCCAGUAAUGGUACUGCCCAAGCCCACUCCAGUAAUGGUACUGCCCAAGCCCACUCCAGUAAUGGUACUGGCCAAGCGCACUCCAGUAAUGGUACUGGCCAAGCCCACUCCAGUAAUGGUACUGGCCAAGCCCACUCCAGUAAUGGUACUGGCCAAGCCCACUCCAGUAAUGGUACUGCCCAAGCCCACUCCUGUAAUGGUACUGGCCAAGCCCACUCCAGUAAUGGUACUGGCCAAGCCCACUCCAGUAAUGGUACUGCCCAAGCCCACUCCAGUAAUGGUACUGCCCAAGCCCACUCCAGUAAUGGUACUGCCCAAGCCCACUCCAGUAAUGGUACUGCCCAAGCCCACUCCAGUAAUGGUACUGACCAAGCCCACUCAAGUAAUGGUACUGGCCAAGCCCACUCCAGUAAUGGUACUGGCCAAGCCCACUCCAGUAAUGGUACUGCCCAAGCCCACUCCAGUAAUGGUACUGGCCAAGCCCACUCCAGUAAUGGUACUGGCCAAGCCCACUCCAGUAAUGGUACUGCCCAAGCCCACUCCAGUAAUGGUACUGCCCAAGCCAAAUCCUGGAUGA